ACACGGCAGUAAAGGGGUGUUACCAAAGAAUUCUAUUAGAAGCGGGUGUAACCCACAGCGAUAUGAACCGUGUUCUCAGUUCUCUCUGGUUUAAGCAGGAGGAAAAACAGCCGUCUCUGCUGCUUCAUCUUGCAGUAACCUGCUUUUUUUUUUUAAGGCAAUUUGGCUCUUAGAAGGUAACUUACAAAGGGUGGACGAGGGGAGAGGUAUCCAUACUGUAAAAAGAGGAGAAACUCAGGAGUGAGACUGGGGGAAAAAAAGGCUGGCACUGACAAGGACGUGCAAGGUAAGAAGUCAGCUGCACGUAGCCGCCAUUAGCUUACCAUCAGCUGCUAUCAUAUUUUGUCACUUUUCAUCACUAUGCCUGCCUAGAAACCAUUCUUUCUUGGCAGAUGAUAAUUUGCCAUAACUAAGUCUUUGCCUGAAGAAUAAUAAUCUAAGUCUGUGUGACAGAAUGGAGCCGUGGCUGAGAAAGAGCUCUACUUUGAGUGUAACAACAUUACUUAAAUUCCUUCUGACUCUGUGUGCUACAAGAAGACCAUUAUCACAGCACUUUUUGGCCAAUCUCCACAUUGUGAACAAAGCUUCUAUGGAGUUGGGAGGGACACAGAAUUAAAAAGAGUGUAUACAUUAUAAAAGCACAUCCAGCCCUGAUAUGAAGCAGUGAACAUCUGACACUAAGUGAAAUAUGUGAGUGAUGUUAGUGUUUGAGAUAUAAAUAAACAGACAGAUGCAUACAAAAAAUCAACCCUAAUAAUGUUAAAGGAGAAAUUGGAACUUCCUGUUAUUUACUCACAUGUUGUUUCCAGGGAAAUAAAUAAAUCAUAAAGAGAAAAGAGAAAAGAAAUCAACGAUUUUAAAGGCUUUUUUUAAUCUCUGUUUUUGUUUCUUGUAUAUUUUCUAGAUAAGAUAUAGCCUAUAUUUAUACUCAGCACUAUGCAGAGGUCUUGCACCAUCACUGGGAGGAGACACAAUACCCUUAGAGUAUUACAAGCUAAUGUAUGCCUAGACCAGUGGUGUCAAACAUAAGGGCCAGGGGCCAGAAUCUUUAGCUCCAAUCAGGCCCAUUGGACGGCUUUUCUUAAGUUUUACAGCUUUUCCCACUGAUAAACUCCUCUUCUAUGGUAUUCAUAGGACACUAAAUAGGUAUAAAUAAGCAAGUACACUAAAACAAUAAAAUAACAGAAUGUUCCUGUUUUUUCACUAUCUAAAAUCUAUACUAUCUACUGAAGAAAUGUAUGAUUUAUCUGUGGAUUAUGGGAUUAUAAUUACAGGGCAGAGAAAUAUUCCUAUAAUUUUAAACAUUUAUUUCCUAUAAUUUAAGCCCAUCUUUAUCGUGUGCAGAAACUGAGCUGUAUUGUUGAAAUGUUGUUCUUUUUUAUUAAAAAAAAAACUAAAAUAAUAAAUGUGUAGUUGUUCUUUACACUGACUGAAAGCGGACUUUCACUGGCCUGAACCAGUGGCCCACAGUGUAAAAUAAUUUGACGUCCCUGGCUUAGAUGAACGGGAAGUUCUGUUCCAGAGUAGGAGGAAGGAAAAUCUGUGCAGAUCCAUCUGCUGUGAUGACCCCUUGGGAAGGGCGCAGUCAAAGUACCUCAAUUCUCUAUUUAACUGAGCUCAUCCCUUAGUAAACUUAUUUAAGAACUACAAGAUACUAUGUUUGAGCUAAGUUGUUUUUCAUGUAACAAUACUUUAUUUAUCCCAACCAUUGGAAUAAAUAAAGUAUUUCUUCUCCUUGUUCUUCUUCUUAUUAUUAUUAUUAUUAUAUUAUGAAAAGGGGUGUUGCUAUUGCUUCUUCAGUUGUGGUGAGAGCAAAUUUGUGAACUGUCAAAACUCGUCUGCGCACGUCAUCCUGAAACCUCCACACUCUUUUUAUGCGCGUCUAAUCUUGUGAGUGAGCAGUGUAAUGAUAAAUGGAAAACUGUUAGCAGUGUUGGGCACAUGUUCAUUAUAUCACUUUGUCUCAGUAAUAACUGUGCCUAUUAAUAUAGAUAGUGCACAAAUGACAUCCUUAAUGAAGACAUUGUCAGUCAGGUGAUUUGUGUUCAUUAACAUCAAAUAGAAACACAAGUAAAAACACUCUGAGCGUACACUGCACUGAAAAUACAGUUAUUUCCAUGUCUACGUUUUCUUUCUCAGGGAACAAACUGCCUGUAGGUCCCUUUUCUGUACUAAUGGCGCAAAGGAUGUUGAAUGAAGGUGGGCAAGAUGGCCGAUCAGUCCUGGGAAUGUUGGAGGUGCAGGUAGAGCGGGACCCCAAGACAGGUGCCACCAUCGUUAGGUCAGUGGCUCCUGUGUCCACACCAGCUGGUGCUCCAAAGGCUACCACUGUCUUUGACGACGGCAGGAGGAGCAUCCACACUAUCAGUGGGUCAGCAGAUCAACCCUCGUCUAAAGAGCUUGGGCAGAUCUUGAGUGUCAUCGAUGGGGUCGGGAUGAAAGUGCUGCUGAAUGAAGUCACAGUCACACCAACCAAGACAGAGACAGUAGAAGCUAGCAAAGGCUCAGAGAAAAAAGGCCUGUCGCUUUAUACCCAUCCCAGCGCAUCAAAGGAAGACUACAGGCCAUUCGGCGGCUCUAGAAGUGAUGAUUUAGAAGUUGAGCUGAGCAGUGAGAAGUGUGUUGUAAAUGUGGGAAACACAGAUGAUAAAAACACGAUGGCAGUGAGAGACACUUUGGAAAAAGUAGAUAUUGUGGAGAAUCAGAUGUUGGAGGAAAGUCCUGUCACACUUGUGUUCUUGGGAUACGCUGAUGCUACAACAGACCAGAGUCAGAGCCAAGAGGAGCAGGAAGGCAUGAUCACUGUGGAACGAGUGAUAAUCACGGAUGAUGGAGAAGAGCAUGUCUUAGGACCUGAAAUGCCUCCUCCACUUUAUUCACCAUUAGACCAGGUAGCAGAGCAAGGCACCGGGAAAGAGUCCAAAGAUGAAGCAGUUCAGGUUAUUCCCUCGAGUGGAAACGGAGCUGGAAUCAAUGUGCAGGCAGAGGAAGGUGAUAAAGAGUCACAUAAUACAUCUCCACCAGGCAUAACAGAGGGAAAAGGCAGUUCUACGCACAGGAGCUGCCGGUGUUGCUCUGUCAUGUAAGAAAUGGUUGAAGAAAGACUCCCUGUAUACCAUGUAUACACUGCUUCCUUUAUAUGUUCCUUUAUAUGAGUGGGUUUAAUAGCAUACUAAACCAUCACCCACCAUUUCACCUCCCCUUGAUAAUAAAAGUGGCAUUUAUAUAUUUCUGCAGCUUCUACAAAGCUGAGAACUAAAGUCCACUUCCACCCCCUAGUGGACAGAAAUAAGAACUUCAAGCAAGCAAGCUUAUCCAAGAGAAAAACUCCACACUAAAUGUUUAGCCAUGGUUCCUGUAGAAAUGGGGGGAAAAAUUACGCCAUCCUUUAUCAUGCACAUCUUAAUGCUUAUGGUGUCCCUCACUGUUUCUGGUAUGAAAAAUACCCUGCAACUGAGGCCUGAGAUUUUGAGUGUUUCUGUGUUUUGAUGCAUCACCUUUACACGUUGAGUUUCUUAAGACGGAUUCAGAUUCACCAUUUCUGUGUAAAAAUCCAAACAUUAACAUUUUGAGAAAUUAUCUCAUUCUUGCUCAGAGUUACAUGAGAAACAUUACACUUUUUUAAUGUCUGUGCACUCACUGUGAAACUAAAACCAGCAUCUGGUUACUGCUGCGCUCGGGCUGCAGAUAACCUCGCUGACAUGGCAACAAGACAUUUUUAUCUCUCAGUUUCAAACACUGAUUAGGUGUUAAUUAGAAGUUCUGGCUGGCAGAUUUUUUUUUUAAACUUCCUGGCAGUUUGGCUUGUUGGUUUCACGUUCAUGCCAAGUUAAGAAAAUUGGUUUGUAGAAUUUGUCUAAUAUUUUUCUGAGGCACUGAUUGUCUCAUCUAAUUCUUGGGGAAAGAAAGUAAAUAGUAUACCGCCCACCAUCUUGAACUAUGCCUUCACUAUUUUAGAACUGAUAUAUACAUUAAAAAUACCUCUAGAAUUGUUUGAAACACUUUAAAACCACAUUGGCAAUACAAGAAGAACAAUAUGUUCUUCUUGUAUAUUCACUGUAGAAAAUCUGGAAAUCACUGUCUUUUUCUGACCUUUGUUUGAUUUUUUUUUUUCUCACUGAAUUUAGCUAUAACACUGAUUUAUGGCAGUGGAUGUUAAACAGGAUAUGUUGUAAUAUGACAGAUUCCAGUUGGUGUAGUGAUUGAGUUUUACAAUUAGAUUUGAGAUGUACUCACAAUUUCACACUAAAGCAGUAAACAUGCAGACCUCCCAUAUUUGCUUCUGUAUCAUACACCGAAAUGCAUUUUUUUUUUAAUGGAGAUUUUCCAGCGCAGUUUUGUGACUUUUAAAAUGACGACUUUAAAUUGUGAAUUUAAAUUCACGUGACAUCUUUGUAUUUCUAAAAUUUCCUUUAUUUAAGGUGUUUACGUGUGUAAAAACAGUAAUUACACCAACAACAAAUACUGACCACUGCUGCAGUACAAUUGACCAGGUGUAAAGUUGCAGAAAAAUACUUUAAUUAGUUCGAUUAUUGUGUAAUUUAAUGUAAAAAUCUUGUACAUUUGAUGCAUAUUUAACAGGAUAAAAUAUGGCAGCAUACUUUCAUUUAUAUGUUCAAAAAAUGUCAAAAUCAAGUUUAUAAACUAGCAAAUGGGUUUAUCAUUAUGAAAAUAUCCAGUUAAUUUGAGACUAUUAUGUUACAUAAGCUGUUAAAUGUAACUUUGCAUCAAAAUUUUGAAUAAACAACAGAUCUUCACAUUUAAAGAAGGUAAGCCCACAUAUGAAACGAUUGGAUUUAUCUUUAUUUAACACCAUAAAAUAUAAUUCCCCAUUGUAAUAUACUGUUAAUUUAUGAUCAUAGUAAGUUUAAUAUGAUUCUUUAUAAAUAACUUCACAUUCAAAUAUGAAAUAUUUCACAGAAGUUUACUGUAAAAAAAAAGUGUGCACUAAUUAGAAUGCUGGAUUUAACUUGGAAAAAUCAAUUUUAAAAUGGUUAACCUUGAUUAUGAUAUUAUUAUUAUACUUAAAACAAGCUGCUGUCAUAUGUAAUAUGUUUCUUACCACAUGAAAUUAAUGGAUGGACAUUUUAAAAAUAUGCCGUUAAUUAAAGAUUACAUUAAAAAAACGCGUUAAACCUUUAUUUUAAUAAGGUUAUCAGAGUAACAGUAUUUUGCCUGCAGCAUUGUGGUCAAAUGACGAAUCAUGAAAUGAUGAGUUUGCUUUAUAAUGCCAUCAUCAAACCAUUAGGAACCUGGUGCAAAAAUCACACACAUACAAAAAAGACCUACUUGUACACUCCUAAACUAUCGUGAUGAAUCAGAUGAAUGUUUCAGUCCCAUGAAUCAGAUCUCGUUCAAAUACAGACGAGGUUGGAAGGAACUGAUGAACAGUUGAAGAACAGUAGAAAUUUGCAAAGAGUGUGUUUAUGAUAAUACAUUUGCAUUUGGAGCCUGUUGCUACAUAUUGGUAUGAGGGUGAAUUGAAAAAAAAAACAACAACAUAAAUUUGUAUGAAUCCAUAGUCAUUGGUAUGCUUAGAUGUCAAUAACCUGGUAGCCCUGUUAUUUAGUGAAUGACAGUUUAAAUGGUGAUAAAAAAAAAACCUUUUGCAAAUGUCUACAUAAUCAACCAACCUACAGGCUGCAAGCACAUGUGAAAGAGUGCAUAAAUUUCAUGCAAGGACCCAUCCUUUCUUUGUACGACAAUGAAACACCAGCAUAAACUGCAUCCUCCAAAACUGGCAGAUGUUCAGUCAGUAGUAGGAUGCAAACAUCAACACAACACCACCAGACGAUUGUGAUGUGGCCAUACCUAAUGGUCUGACCCACAGAUAAUAUGAAGUACUCUGCUGCCAAAGAAGAACUUCACUACACAUACAGUGGGGCAAAAAAGUAUUUAGUCAGCCACCGAUUGUGCAGGUUCCCCCACCUAAAAUGAUGACAGAGGUCAGUAAU